AUGAAUAGAGAACUUGAAGAAACUUCUUAAAACCAAGAAAACAAGAUUUCGAAAGAGGAAGAAGAAAAGAAGUUCAAAUUACUGAAGCAGCAUUUCAGAGGUUAAUUCAAAGAAUCCUACAAAUAUAUUGGUAAACAGUAUCCUCAAGAUUUUGGAAAAUAUCUAGUCUGCUUCUACAGUUUACAACAACGUGAUUAACAAUGUGAAGUGAACCCAUUAUUUGUAUGGCUGACAAUUGUUGGAAUGUAUGAAUUCUUCAAUUCAAUAAGGUAUUUAGCUGUGCUUUAUUCUCUACAAAUGAAUUCCAAAGAUAUCUUCUUGUUGGUGAUGGCAGAAAUGCUGACCAAAGACUCAAAUGAGUAGAUGAACCUCCAAGGAAUGGAAGAAAGAAACAAACGGAACCAAAUUAAAACUCUGAUCAAAAUGAAAUUGUCCACAAGAGACAUAAGAUAAGAAGAAUUAAUAGCUGAACCACCAUUUACUCAAUGUGAAAUUAUACAUCAGGCUGAGGCUUUGAAUAAGUACACUCGCCUUAUGAAAGUCUACAAUUAAUUUAUUUUCUACCUUAUUUUUACAGGAGGUAACAUCGCUUACUUUUAGUCUGAUUCUAAUGACUGUGAUGAUAGUUUAAAUAAUGUGACUUUUGUAUUACUAUUGAUUGGGUAUUUGUUUUCUGCAUUUCUAAUUAUUGGAUUUGGAUUAGCCAUUAUAUCUAUGGCAUUAUACAUGCCUAUUAUCCUCUUUCUAUUUAUAUUUAAGUCGGUGUGUAAGAUCAUCAUGAGACUUUAAACUAAAAGUAAAUUUAAGAAAAUGAAUAAGUUUUAAUACAGAUGCUGUCCUGAGCUCUCCUCCAUCCAAUAAUGCAAUAUUUGUAUGUGUGAUUAUGAAGAUAAUGAUUUAAUUGUAUAAUUGCCAUGCAGCACUAGGCAUCAUUUUCAUGAUCAUUGUCUUUAAUAAUGGGUGAUUAUUAAAUAGUAAUGCCCAGUUUGUCGUAAAUUAAUUUGA